CAAAAUGAUCGCGAGUAAGAACAAAUUCAAAUUGACAUCUAAAAUGAGAAAAGUCGAAGAAAGCCCGAACAAAAAAAGAACUGAAUUUUCUAAUGACCUGGGGCAAAUACGAUUCCACCCACUAAAUUGCUAUGUCUAUAAAUUAUUUUAUUUGGCAGAAAUUCCGGUCAAUGAAAUGUAUAAUACUGUAUAACGAGUUUUUAGAAAGGAUUGAGAAGCGAGAAGAAAUGGCGAAACGUGUGGGCAGGAGUCGGGAUAGCAGCAGAGGCAGAAAAGGGUGGACACUGACCGCUGCCGUCAAUAACAUCUUCGAGUUUUUCAGAUUGGCAGAGUUCGAGAUCCUUUUCUUCCUCUUCUUCAUCAUCGCUUUCCUGAUCUUCAAAGAUCUGACGUCGCGGCCUGAAUACAAUCAACUGCUCGUGAAAAAGCCUGGUGGAAUCGACCUGUGGCCUUACUAGGAGAAAGAGGUGGAUGUGAAAUCUCUUGCAUAAUCUCGAGAUGUUGCUUUGUUUCUUUUCCUUCCAGUUCCAGAUGGCUACUUUGUUGUUUGUUUAUCGUUCUUAAUAUCUAUUUAUCGAAUUCUAAGGAACCUCCUGGCUUGAAACUGGGAACACUAGCUUUCUUUUCCCACAUCUAAUGCUUUCUUUCUUUGCCAUGCAUAACAGUCAACUUGUAUCAUUUGCUUUCCUUCUUCACAUGGAUUAACAUCCAUGGAACCACAUUCCAAUUAAAUCGAUUAAAAUUCACCUACUAAAUUUUUCUGAAAUCUAAAGAAUCCGCCGUUGAUAUAGAAGAUAAAAAUUGUACCAUCAAAUAGCAAUGAGAAAGGGCCAAGUCUUGAACACUAACAGAACAACCAGAAAGCAAAAUAAAGAGAACAUCAAUCCAACAUUCACCUUGAAUACAUCAUUGGCAGUUCAAUUGUCUCUCCACGACAAAAAAGCAUAUAAUCAUUUUUUGUCAGACUAAUACAUCAAAACUAGCUCUUAAAAUAUUGACAAGCUAAAUGGUCCUUGUAAUAAUGGCCAAAAAGAAUUUUUUAAAAAA